CCUUUGAGGAGGACGGUUCUAUUGUUUUUCUGUUUUUCUCUUCCACAAUGUCUAAAGUUAAUAAUCUGAGAGAGUUUAUCGGUCAGCGACUAACAGCAGCUGCUGUAGAAAUAUUCUCAGUGUUUGAAAAAACCAUCUUGGAGUAUGAAGAAGAGCUGGACCGUCAGCGCAGACUGCUGGACCUCGCCUGGAAACCUGAAAUAAAACUAAACAGAAUCGACCUCCCACAAGAAAAUGUUUGUAAGGUGGAGGAGGACGGGGUUUUCAGUGACCAGCACCUCGAUAACCUGGAGAGGAGCUGCAGCCCGGACCAGGAGGAACCAGGGAAUCCACAGACUACAGAAAUGGAGGAAGACUCCAGCGUUCAGGAGAUAAAGCAGGAGGACGUAGAGGUGGAGGUCUCAUUGCUCAAUCUCGCUGAUGAGAAAGUUGAAAAUUGUGAACCAGGACCAAACUGUGACCAGCUGCUGUUGCACACUUCUCCUGAAGCUCAAAACAAAGAUGAGGAAGGAACUGAAAGUUUACGCUCUGACUCCAGUAAAACUGCAGAUCUGGAGCCAAUGAGACGACACAGUGACCACGAAGACACUGCUGUCCCGUCAGACAGCAACUGUAAAUCAAAGCUGACCAGCACCCACACGGGGAAGAAGGCAUUGUCUUGCUGCAUUUGCAGGAAAGAGUUCAGUAGAAGUAGUAUUUUAGUGGAACACAUGAGGAUCCACACUGACGAAAGGCCGUACGUGUGCAACACCUGCGGAAAAUCGUUUAUAAAAUCAUCAGCAUUGAAGAAGCAUAAAAUGAUCCACAUGGGCGAGAAGCCCUACGUCUGUACAACAUGUGGAAAAAGUUACAUGCAACAUUCCAGCCUGCUGAUUCACUCGAGGACCCACACGGGUGAAAGGCCGUACCUGUGCAACACCUGUGGCGAAACUUUUACUGAAUUAACAGCUCUUAAACGACACAUAACCACGCACACGGGCGAGAAGCCCUACAUCUGCAAAACAUGUGGAAAAGGUUACACAGAUUUUUCCAACCUGCAGAUUCACUCGAGGACGCACACCAGUGAAAGGCCGUACCAGUGCAACACCUGCAAUAAAACCUUUACUCAAUUACCAGCUCUUAAACGACACCUAACCAUGCACACGGGUGAGAAGCCCUAUGUCUGCAGCAUAUGUGGAAAAAGUUACAGGCAACGUUUCACCCUGCUGAUUCACUCAAGGAUCCAUACCGGCGAAAGACCGUACCUGUGCAACACCUGCGGCAAAACCUUUACUAAUUCAUCAAAUCUGAAACGCCACAUAACCACACACACGGUCUAGAAGCCGUAUUUGUGCAAGAUAUGCAACAAAGGUUUUACCCGCAUAAUUGAUUUGCUGAAUCACAUGAAAAAUCACCCACAGGAGAAGUCUGGUGAUUCGUGACAAAUGAAGCUCAUGUUGUCCUCCGGGGGCAGCUGUCCACUCCUGUCUGACCCACAGAAGAAGAGACGAAGAAGUCCGACCACCACCUGCUGUGGCUGAUGAGCCUAAUCCCCUCCCCACAAGGGUUGCAGCUUCAACCCAGAUUUAUGCUUCUCCAUCAACUUGACGCAGAGGGAACAAUGUGGUUGUGUACUUUUUUAAAGUUCUGCCUUGAGGUUGUUUGAAUCCCUGCUCCUUUUUAUAAUCGUAUUAUUUGUUGCUGUUGGUAACUUGCUGUCUCCACUGUGCAAAUAAGCUAAAAAAGCUAUAAUUUUUUUUCGAAGAUUUCAGAAGUCGGUGCAGUCAGAUACAGUUUGCUUUUAUUUCCCCUUUAAAAUGUUUUUAUUGAUUUAGAAAACAAGAACAUUUGGUUUGCAAAUGAAUGAGGAAAUGCGUGUGAUUUGGAAUACACAUCACGAUACUUGAGUCUCGAUACAAUACAAUAUUGCGGUAUCCAAAUUUUGCGAUAUUUUGUGAUGUUAUACAUAGUUCGCCGAAAACUGUAAAAGGUUUUAUGCAUUUUAAAAUCUGAGCUGCACGUACAUCCGAUUAUCGUGAUAAUUCAUGGGACAAACUGAGUCAAAACAAGGCAAUUCAAAUGAUCCAUGCUGUUUUAUUGACAUCUGUUUAGAAGUAAAUGUCUUUUUACAUCAACUCAUAUUUAGUCAGAAAUAAUAAUGAAAAAUGUAAUUAAGUUUUAAUUUAAGAUUCAUCAAUUAUUUUAUACUUUUAUACUACAAGAGGAAAGUUGUCAGUGACACAGAUUAUUGGUACAGCGUGAUCAGUACAACCGGCAUUUAGCUCAGAAAACAAUGUCAAAAGAGAAAUGUCAUCAAAUGAAGUUGAAAUGUGGAGAUGCACUUUUGUCCUUUAUCCUGAACUUUCUCAAACACGUCAUUUGGAUCCAGUUUGUUAUUUCACUGGUCUUGGCUUCAUCAAAUGACACGUCCUUAGUCCCAAAAGCAUCCUCACACAUGUCAGGGCUGGAGGCCUGAGCCUGGACUAGAAGAUCUUCAACUGCUGCUGUUACCGGCACCUCAGCUGCUCCAGCAGCUCCACGUGACACCAGUUCUUCUAUUUUCCUGCAGCUUUGCCGGCAUGUCCCAAUUUAUUUGCUGUUUGUGAACCACAGUUUUCUGUGUUUCGCGGGCAGCAAGACCUCAAACGCCAUAAAACAGUUGAGAUGUUAAUUUAUUUUACUUUGAACAUUUCACACUUCACGUUAAAAUCUGUUACUUGAAUUGAACCGAAAAAAAGUUUAGUGAACUAAUUAGUAUUUUGAGUUGUGGAGAUUAAUGAUAUUAUUAAGAAAUUCUACUGAAUGCCUAAAACGACAGCUCCUUCACCCUAAAUGUGUGAAGGAGCUACAGAAGGUCCUUCCUCCCUGCAGCUGUGAGACUACACAACCAGCACUGCUCACAGUAGACCACACACAACCUGACAAUAAAUAUACAUACUGGAAAAUAAUGUGCAAUAUCAUUCACUGCAACGUGCAAUUAUGUAAAUAUCCGUCUGUUAUUUUAUAUACCAGUAUUUUUUAUUAUUAUUAUUAUUAUUAUUAUUAUUGUAUAUACCAGUACUGUUCAUAGUGUGUCAUACUCUGAUAUUAUUAUUGUAUUAUUAUUAUUUCUAUUGAUGCCUUGUUUUGCACUAUCCCCUUUGCUGCUGUACACUGCGAAUUUCCCCGCU